AUUUGUCGUGCAUUCUGCCUUCUCAAGUCGGCGUGAACACAUAAAAGACGUCGCUCGCCAGAACGAUCUCUCAGUCUUCAUCGGCCCUCCCAAAUAUCUUCAUUGUUAACCGCCUGCAGAAUGCCCGAGUUUGGCAAUGCCCCCCCGAUGAAAAAUCCUUCAAAGCACGAAUCAACCCUCUUACCAGCUCACUGCGCUCCGGUGUUUGCGUCAUCGCAAUCCUCAAACCAACCUCCAUGUACACAAGAGAAGUCCUUUUUUGAAUUCGAUGACAGCUAUACAAUUAGCUAUAUAGCACGGAUACGAAAGUAUUUCACCGAAUGCCUUCCCAUUAAAGGUUGUCUUUGUUCCCCGGAUCCUCACCAUCAUACAUAAAGACAGCCAUCAACAUUCCAAGCUUCGAUCCUUCUGAUGCAGAUAUCCUUCGCAGAUUGUUCUUUCAAAUGUAUUUAUGAGAAUGAGGAGAGAUGAGGUGUGGAGGACCGACAACAUUUUUCGCCAUGGACGGGAGUGUGAGCGCCUGAAUACUGAUCCUUUGCCUGCCAACAUCUAUGCCAGUACGCUUAUCACUCUUUUUUUCCACAUGGCGGUCCACUCGCAGCUCAAUAUCCUCCCCCAUACUCUUAUGUGGGUGCCUGUGCGGAAUGGUUGUCUGGAAAUCAUGCCCAUAGCGGUCAGGCUGGUAGCCAGGCGACAUUAUUUGUCGGUCAUCAUGUCGGAACAUUUCAUAUUGUCUCGCGGCCAAUCUUUGUGACUUGUUUGUAUUGUUGAGAACCCGAUCAACAUCAUCAUACGUGGGUUUAUUGUGGAGGACCGUCAUGAGAUCCUUGAACUCUGGACUCUUUGGACGCUGGCAUAUGUCCAUAAACUGAGACAUCCGUUUUGCUCUCUUCGCCACUUCUUGACGAGCAUCCUUCCCUCUGAGGUCUUUCUUAAGUUGCUCUUUACAUUCUCGUCCCGCGCUUUUGCAUUGAUUACAUGGCCGCUUCUUCUCACACUGGCUCAC